AUGGCGGGCGCCAGGUGCGCGCCCAGCGCCGCCAGCGCCUCCAGCAGCGCGGCGGGGCGGCGCGCCGAGGCGUGGCGGCACAGCUGCAGCUGCGCGCUCAGCGCCCCGGCCGUGCGCGUCGCCGCGGGCAAGGCGGGCGCCAGGUGCGCGCCCAGCGCCGCCAGCGCCUCCAGCAGCGCGGCGCGCCGAGGCGUGGCGGCACAGCUGCAGCUGCGCGCUCACCGCCCCGGCCGUGCGCGUCGCGUACGUGGCGGGGGCCCCUUGCUCAGAGAGGAGGGGAGCGACUCACCUGUGCGCGUAGAGGCCGAGCGCGUGGUGCAGCGCGGGCAUGACGGGCGCCAGGUGCGCGCCCAGCGCCGCCAGCGCCUCCAGCAGCGCGGCGGGGCGGCGCGCCGAGGCGUGGCGGCACAGCUGCAGCUGCGCGCUCAGCGCCCCAGCCGUGCGCGUCGCGUACGUGGCGGGGGCCCCUUGCUCAGAGAGGAGGGGAGCGACUCACCUGUGCGCGUAGAGGCCGAGCGCGUGGUGCAGCGCGGGCAUGGCGGGCGCCAGGUGCGCGCCCAGCGCCGCCAGCGCCUCCAGCAGCGCGGCGGGGCGGCGCGCCGAGGCGUGGCGGCACAGCUGCAGCUGCGCGCUCAGCGCCCCGGCCGUGCGCGUCGCGUACGUGGCGGGGGCCCCUUGCUCAGAGAGGAGGGGAGCGACUCACCUGUGCGCGUAGAGGCCGAGCGCGUGGUGCAGCGCGGGCAUGGCGGGCGCCAGGUGGGCAUGGCGGGCGCCAGGUGCGCGCCCAGCGCCGCCAGCGCCUCCAGCAGCGCGGCGGGGCGGCGCGCCGAGGCGUGGCGGCACAGCUGCAGCUGCGCGCUCACCGCCCCGGCCGUGCGCGUCGCGUACCGCGGGCAUGGCGGGCGCCAGGUGCGCGCCCAGCGCCGCCAGCGCCUCCAGCAGCGCGGCGGGGCGGCGCGCCGAGGCGUGGCGGCACAGCUGCAGCUGCGCGCUCACCGCCCCGGCCGUGCGCGUCGCGUACGUGGCGGGGGCCCCUUGCUCAGAGAGGAGGGGAGCGACUCACCUGUGCGCGUAGAGGCCGAGCGCGUGGUGCAGCGCGGGCAUGGCGGGCGCCAGGUGCGCGCCCAGCGCCGCCAGCGCCUCCAGCAGCGCGGCGGGGCGGCGCGCCGAGGCGUGGCGGCACAGCUGCAGCUGCGCGCUCACCGCCCCGGCCGUGCGCGUCGCGUACGUGGCGGGGGCCCCUUGCUCAGAGAGGAGGGGAGCGACUCACCUGUGCGCGUAGAGGCCGAGCGCGUGGUGCAGCGCGGGCAUGGCGGGCGCCAGGUGCGCGCCCAGCGCCGCCAGCGCCUCCAGCAGCGCGGCGGGGCGGCGCGCCGAGGCGUGGCGGCACAGCUGCAGCUGCGCGCUCACCGCCCCGGCCGUGCGCGUCGCGUACGUGGCGGGGGCCCCUUGCUCAGAGAGGAGGGGAGCGACUCACCUGUGCGCGUAGAGGCCGAGCGCGUGGUGCAGCGCGGGCAUGGCGGGCGCCAGGUGCGCGCCCAGCGCCGCCAGCGCCUCCAGCAGCGCGGCGGGGCGGCGCGCCGAGGCGUGGCGGCACAGCUGCAGCUGCGCGCUCACCGCCCCGGCCGUGCGCGUCGCGUACGUGGCGGGGGCCCCUUGCUCAGAGAGGAGGGGAGCGACUCACCUGUGCGCGUAGAGGCCGAGCGCGUGGUGCAGCGCGGGCAUGGCGGGCGCCAGGUGCGCGCCCAGCGCCGCCAGCGCCUCCAGCAGCGCGGCGGGGCGGCGCGCCGAGGCGUGGCGGCACAGCUGCAGCUGCGCGCUCACCGCCCCGGCCGUGCGCGUCGCGUACGUGGCGGGGGCCCCUUGCUCAGAGAGGAGGGGAGCGACUCACCUGUGCGCGUAGAGGCCGAGCGCGUGGUGCAGCGCGGGCAUGGCGGGCGCCAGGUGCGCGCCCAGCGCCGCCAGCGCCUCCAGCAGCGCGGCGGGGCGGCGCGCCGAGGCGUGGCGGCACAGCUGCAGCUGCGCGCUCACCGCCCCGGCCGUGCGCGUCGCGUACGUGGCGGGGGCCCCUUGCUCAGAGAGGAGGGGAGCGACUCACCUGUGCGCGUAGAGGCCGAGCGCGUGGUGCAGCGCGGGCAUGGCGGGCGAGAGGUGCGCGCCCAGCGCCGCCAGCGCCUCCAGCAGCGCGGCGGGGCGGCGCGCCGAGGCGUGGCGGCACAGCUGCAGCUGCGCGCUCACCGCCCCGGCCGUGCGCGUCGCGUACGUGGCGGGGGCCCCUUGCUCAGAGAGGAGGGGAGCGACUCACCUGUGCGCGUAGAGGCCGAGCGCGUGGUGCAGCGCGGGCAUGGCGGGCGCCAGGUGCGCGCCCAGCGCCGCCAGCGCCUCCAGCAGCGCGGCGGGGCGGCGCGCCGAGGCGUGGCGGCACAGCUGCAGCUGCGCGCUCACCGCCCCGGCCGUGCGCGUCGCGUACGUGGCGGGGGCCCCUUGCUCAGAGAGGAGGGGAGCGACUCACCUGUGCGCGUAGAGGCCGAGCGCGUGGUGCAGCGCGGGCAUGGCGGGCGCCAGGUGCGCGCCCAGCGCCGCCAGCGCCUCCAGCAGCGCGGCGGGGCGGCGCGCCGAGGCGUGGCGGCACAGCUGCAGCUGCGCGCUCACCGCCCCGGCCGUGCGCGUCGCGUACGUGGCGGGGGCCCCUUGCUCAGAGAGGAGGGGAGCGACUCACCUGUGCGCGUAGAGGCCGAGCGCGUGGUGCAGCGCGGGCAUGGCGGGCGCCAGGUGCGCGCCCAGCGCCGCCAGCGCCUCCAGCAGCGCGGCGGGGCGGCGCGCCGAGGCGUGGCGGCACAGCUGCAGCUGCGCGCUCACCGCCCCGGCCGUGCGCGUCGCGUACGUGGCGGGGGACGCCUUGCUCAGUUGCACCUACGGUCACAUUCCUUAUAUAUUGAACUUUGUUUAUUCCUUUCUAUCUAA